AUGGCAGUCAGUAAACCAAAAUAUUCACUGGGCUCUCCUCAAGAGCAUAUUGAAAUGUGUAAAACCCACGAUUUACCAAUUGAUGUUAUAUGUGAAGACUGUGAUGAAUUUAUUUGUAGUAAAUGUGCCAAAACAGAUCAUAAGGAACAUGAAUGGAUCACUAUAUCCACGGCAGCCAGCCAAAGGAGAAGAGGUCUGCUUACAUUGCUGAAGAAGAUCAAGGAAGAGAAACUGCCUGGGAUUGAAGAAAAGCUGGAGAAAGUGUCAAAUAAGAUGACAGGAAAUAAAGAACUGUGUGAUGCUGAGAUUACAAAACUUCAGAAGCAUGUUGAUGAGAUAAUGGCCAGGUUGACAGAAAUCAGGGAAAAUAAAGAACGAAGAUUAUCAGAGAAUUUGAAGGAACAAAAUAAGAAGUUGAACUGUGUGAAAUCUGAGCUUAACAAAAAGAAGAAAGAAAUAGAAGAAAUGGUAAAGUUUAUGGAGGAGAACAACAGCACCAUGUCAGAUUACAGCUUCAUUGAUAACCACAGGGAACUGUCCAAAAAGCUGACUGGUCAGGAUGUUCAUUUUAGCAACUUUAAUUAUUCAUUGAAAUACGUUACAGGAGAAACCAGUGAUGAUGAGAUGGAGAAUAUGAUAGGAAAAGUUCAGGAUUCAAACAUCAGUUUGACUGAAACAAACUCAUUUAAAUAUGGAGAUGAAGGGAUAGCUGUAUUGAGGGCAUUGUGUGAAGAUCAGUGCUACAUAGGAGAAAAAGAGUCUCCUUACAUUGAACAAGUAAACAAAGAUGGUGAGAAAAAAAAUAAAUGUAAUGUUACUCCUAAUGAUCUGUGUGUGACUGAUACUGGUGAUGUUUAUUUCACAGAUGGUGGUAACAAUGCCAUCAGCUGUCUGUCACCAUCAGGAUCUGUCUCCACAGUCAUCAGUACAGAUCCAGUAGAACCAUUAGGAAUCUGUCAGUCAGUGGACGGUGGACUACUGGUCACCUUGAGAGACAGAGAAUCUGAUCGUUACAAAGUAGAAUCAAACAGCAGACGUCUGGUGAGACACAUCACAGUGACAGGUGAUGUCAUCCGUGAGUAUGAGUACCAGGAGGACGGUCAGACCAGACUGUUUACAGAUCCAUACAGAGUCACACAGAACAGUGAUAGAGAUAUCUGUGUUGUGAACCAUACAAGUAGCGCUGUAGGUGAACUUGUGAUUAUGUCUCCCUCUGGUCGUAUGAAGUCUAUUUACCAGGGACAGAAACUGACAGAAACCUUUAAACCAGGUGAUGUAGUGUGCAACUCUCUUUGUAACAUCCUUGUUAUUGACGUCUACAACAAACAGAUCCAUCUGCUGAGUCCUGACGGGGAGUUCCUGAAGUUCUUACUGCCGCCAGAUAAUGAAGUGAGCCGUCCAGUCAGAUUAUCGUUCUAUAAGUCUACACUGUGGGUGGGAUACUUAGAAGGAUUUGUCAAAGUGUUUCAAUACACAGUAUGA